CCAUCGACCCCACCAAGAUGGGAGAGGGUCGGGCGAUCGCUGUGCUGACUUCGGGAGGCGAUGCCCAGGGUAUGAAUGCAGCUGUGAGGGCCAUAGUUCGAGUAGGAAUCUACACUGGAGCCAAGGUGUAUUUUGUCCAUGAGGGUUACCAGGGUCUAGUGGACGGCGGAGAACACAUCUGCCCUGCUACCUGGGACAGUGUGUCAAUGAUGCUGCAGCUGGGUGGGACUGUGAUUGGCAGUGCCCGCUGUAAGGAUUUCCGUACCAAGGAAGGACGCACCAAGGCUGCCUAUAACUUAGUCAAGCUGGGCAUCACCAACCUGUGUGUGAUUGGAGGUGAUGGUAGUCUGACAGGUGCCAACCAGUUCAGAACAGAGUGGAGCGAAAUGCUUGCAGACCUGGUCAAAGCUGGUAAGAUCACAGCCAAUGAGGCCAAGGGUUCCUCUCACCUCAAUAUUGUUGGCAUGGUGGGUUCUAUUGACAACGACUUCUGUGGCACUGACAUGACCAUCGGCACAGACUCUGCCCUGCAUCGCAUCAUGGAGAUAGUGGAUGCCAUCACCACCACAGCACAGAGUCACCAGAGGACUUUCAUCCUGGAGGUGAUGGGCAGGCAUUGUGGAUACCUGGCUUUGGUGACAGCUCUGGCCUGUGGCGCUGAUUGGGUGUUCAUCCCAGAGAUGCCCCCAGAUGACGAAUGGGAGGAGCAUCUUUGCAGAAGACUGAAAGAACAAAGAGGCCGUGGCACCCGUUUGAAUAUUAUCAUUGUUGCAGAGGGAGCAAUGGACCGCAGUGGUAAACCUAUCACCUGUGACGAUGUCAAACAGCUUAUAUCAAAGAGGCUGGGGUUUGACACUCGUACCACCGUCUUGGGUCAUGUGCAAAGAGGUGGAACACCCUCCGCCUUUGACAGGAUCCUGGCGAGCAGAAUGGGUGUGGAGGCUGUGAUGGCUCUGCUGGAGGCCACACCAGACACUCCUGCAUGUGUGGUCAGUUUGUCUGGAAAUAUGGCUGUUAGGCUGCCUCUCAUGGAGUGUGUGCAAGUGACCAAAGAUGUCACCACGGCCAUGGCUGAAGGGAGGUUUGACGAAGCAAUAAAGCUCAGGGGAAAGAGCUUUGAGAACAACUGGAGCACUUACAGAAUGUUGGCUCAUCUGCGCCCCCCAGAUACAAAGAGUAACAUCAACAUUGCUGUACUGAACGUGGGAGCUCCCUGUGCUGGGAUGAACGCUGCAGUCCGUGCCACCGUCAGGAUGGGGCUCCUCCAGGGCCACCAGAUGCUGGCAGUGCACGACGGCUUUGAUGGCUUGGCUCAUGGAAUGAUUGAACCUAUUGGUUGGUCUGGAGUGGCAGGAUGGACUGGAAAGGGGGGCUCCAAUCUGGGAACUAAGAGAUCCCUGCCCAGUGAGUUCAUGGAGGAGAUCAGCCAAAACAUCUCUAAGUUCAACAUUCAUGGUCUAGUCAUUAUUGGAGGCUUUGAGGCAUUUGUUGGAGGUCUGGAGAUUGUGCAGGCUAGAGAGAAGUAUGAGGAAAUGUGUAUCCCCCUUGUUGUUAUUCCUGCUACUGUGUCCAACAAUGUUCCUGGUUCUGACUUCAGUAUUGGCGCUGACACUGCCCUCAACACCAUAACAAUGACAUGUGACAGGAUCAAACAAUCUGCCGCUGGCACCAAGAGGAGAGUAUUUAUUGUUGAGACUAUGGGAGGAUUCUGUGGCUACCUGGCAACCAUGGCUGGUUUGGCAGCUGGAGCUGAUGUUGCUUACAUCUUUGAGGAGCCUUUCAACAUUCAUGACCUAGAGUUGAAUGUGGAACAUCUGGUGGAGAAGAUGAAGACCACGGUGAAGAGAGGACUCAUUCUGAGAAAUGAGAAAUGCAAUGCAAACUACACCACAGACUUUGUUUUCAACCUAUACUCGGAGGAGGGCAAGGGUGUGUUUGACUGCAGGAAGAAUGUACUUGGACAUAUGCAGCAGGGUGGAACCCCCAGUCCUUUUGAUAGGAAUUUUGCCACAAAAAUGGGGAUCAAAUCUAUCCUUUGGCUGACUGACAAGCUGAAGGAAUGCUACAGACAUGGUCGCAUCUUUGCCAACUCUCAGGAUUCAGCCUGUGUGCUAGGCAUGAAGAGGAGAUCUUUGGUCCUCCAGCCUCUGGCAGAGCUUAAAGAAUUCACUGACUUUGAACAUCGUAUUCCAAAGGUUCAGUGGUGGUUAAGGCUGAGGCCCAUCCUGAAAAUCAUGGCCAAGUACAAGAUCCACCUGGACACCUCUGAAAAGGCUGCAAUGGAACAUGUCAUCAAGAAGAGAGGCUUAGUUCAUCAGUAGUCUUUCUAUGUAAUUAUUCAUACCAUCAGGAUAUAUAAAUAAUAUAAAUAAAGACAAUAAUUAUAUCACCAAAACUGUCUCACAAUAAACACUUAA